AGCGCGUGCAUCGCAGGCCGGCCGAAGGUAACACCCGUCCCCAUAGAUACAGGCUCCUACGGCGAGAAGCGGCUGCUCGAGCACCCCGGCGGACCGGUUACUGUGUCCGGGGCGAUGACAGCUUCGCGAUGAAGCAGCCAUUGCUCGGGCUUCCCGUUUUCCUCGACGGCGCCGCACUCCCGGCUGGUUGGCAGUCGGAUUUGGUAUUAUUGGAUUAACGAGCAUCAAGCUUUCAGCCCAGCAGGGCCGCCGAGGAGCUUCGUCUCGCCGCGGACAGGGAGGAGUCUCCCCGUUAUAAGGCCCCACCGCCGGCAUGGCGGCGCUUUAACAACGCCAACACACCUGUCUGAAGAGCCGAGGCUGCGGAGCAGGACGCAGAUGUGCUCUUAGAGGAUGGAUGUGAGUGCUGGCAGGGACGGCACCUGGAGGAGGAGAACAGCAGCAUCAGCAGCAGCAGCAGCAGCUGAGGAGGAUGAGGAGGAGGAUGGAGGAGGCGUGGAGGCCCAGGUCGUACCACUGGAGCUCUACGACUGUGCACGGGCCAAAAUAGAAGCCAAUCUGCGCUGGUUGUUUGCCAAAGCCUACGGCCGAGAUCACAUCCCUUCGGAUCUUCGCGACCCAUUCUACACUGACCAGUAUGAGCAGGAGCACAUCAAGCCGCUGGUCAUCCACCUGCUGCUCUCUGGAGAGCUCUACAGCCGAGUGUGCGCGCUCAUCCUUCCCGCCGAGCAGGCCGCCUCCCUCCAAAGCCACCAGUCUGUCAUCCAGGCGCUGUCCAGAAAGGGCAUCUAUGUCCUGGAGGCCAGCAAAACACCAGUGUCUGACCUGGAUCUCAGCUCCUCCCCCAUCAAAAUGAGUGCCCACAUCCACCUCAUCGAUGCUCUGAUGAUGGCCUACACAGCGGAAAUGAUCAGCGUAGAGAAGGUGGUGUCCUGUGUCAAACGCUUCUCAAACGUCAGUGCCUCCAAGGAGCUUCCUUAUGACCUGGAAGAUGCUAUGAUCCUCUGGAUUAACAAGGUUAACAUAAAGAUGAGGGAGCUGACCGAAAAAGAGUGCAAACUGAAGCAGCACCUCAUGGAGUCACCGGGCCACCACAAGUCUCCCUCCAAGUGGUACUGGAAGCUUGUACCUGUGCGGUACCGCCGAGAUCACCUCUCGGGUCGCACUCUUCAGCACUUCCCCUUGUUGGAAGACAUAUCCAAGGAUGUGAGUGACGGCACAGCCCUGCUCGCUGUGAUCCACUUCUAUUGCCCGGAGCUUAUUAGACUUGAAGAUAUCUGCCUGAAGGAAGUUCCCUCCAUAACAGACAGCUUCUACAACAUCCAGCUGCUGAAAGAGUUUUCUAAUGAGUAUCUGAACCAGUGCUUCUAUCUGAACCCGGAGGAUCUCCUCUACUCUCCACCUGUACUCAAGUAUAAUGUUAUGGUCUUUAUUGCUGAGCUUUUCUGGUGGUUUGAGAAUGUGAAGCCAGACUUUGUGCAUCCCAGAGACCUUCAGGAAAUCAAAGAUGUGAGAGUGCUGCUGCAGCCCAAAAAUUCUCGGUCCUAUGUAACCAUCUCAAAUGUCACCAAACAAAGCUUCCUGCCUUCAUCAAACUCAGCUGACAUCUUGAUCACAACCCCCAGCAAUGACCCAAGCCCUAAAUCAACGCCUAGCCCAUCUCACUCCUCACUGCCCCCAAGACAGAGACAAGGGAACCUGGUUGAGAAGAGCCCUUCAGAUUUGAGAAAUAGGUCAAACUCUAUGGCGCGAACAGACGGACAACGUCAGGACUCCAUGCUGGCGUGGCCAGACAGAAGGGCGAGACCUUUGUCUCAGCCAGUGCCGUAUGCCGUGCAUUUUGCCAAGGAGGAUAACGCGGACAGCAUCAGCCUCGCUCGCUCCAUCAGCAAGGACAGCCUCGCCUCCAACAUCAUGAGCAUCACCCCGAAACACAUGCUGGGAUCCGGCCUGCCUCAGCACAGACUCAGCGGCCAAAGCCUGCUCAGUCACAUGCGCAUAGAGGACGAGGAGGAGGAAAUCGAGGAGGAGGAACUGGUCGCUGUCAUUCACCCAUCCGCUUUUUCUCGCCAUCGCAUCGGAAGCGACAUGGAGCAGGACGAGCUGGAGGCGCAGAGUGGAACGUCCACCGGCAGGGUUCCCGACAGCUCUCGUGUUUUCCAUCAGGACGCGAGCCCCUUUGCUCCCGACCACCAGGCGGACAGCUACUAUCUGGAGCCCUUGACGCCAACCGUCCCUAAGCCGGCCAAGGAGAAGGGUAUAUCUGUGAACAAGCGGGAGGAAAGCGGGGAGAGUCGCAGCCCUGCAGCAGGAACCGUCAAAACGAAAACUACCAACAUCCCAAACUCCUCAAAAAGGAAGUUACCAGUGGUUGACUCAGUGCGAGGUCCUCCCAGGCCCCCCGCGGAGGGGUCAGUUGCCAGCUCCCAGUCUCCAGGCUUUUUUCUCCACUUGUCAUCGCAACCAGAAAAGCGCAGUCCCCUCGCCACGGCGACGGAAGCGGGCCAAGACUCCGACUCUGACAUCGCAGACCUCGAGGAAGACGACGAGGACGACGAUCAGACGGAGCUGGAGAAGGCGCUGAGGGGGAGUCGUUCAGACGACGGCUCCAUGGCCGACUCCGGAGACGGAGAAGUCGAGUCGGCCAAGCUUAGAGAGGACUUGAAGGUGAGCGAGCACGAGGACAAGGAGGACGUGAGUGGGCGUUCGAGCCCUUGUCCCAGCACCGUGUCGUGGGCGAGCAGCUGCAGCGCCUCGGGUAGCGCGGGGGUCAAGAUGACCAGCUUUGCGGAGCGAAAGCUGCUUAAGCUCGGCCUUCGUGACGGAUACUCGAGUACAAGCAGCUCCCAAAAGACGACCCCGGAUGGAUCUGAGAUCCCCCCUCCGUGGCAGGCGAAGGAGCCCAGCGCCGUCUUGGGGAAGAAUAUCAUCAGUCCCGCUGUGCCUUCAGAGCUGCUUCAGAUUCACAUGCAGCUGGAGGAGCAGAGGCGUGCAAUUGAGUACCAGAAGAAGAAGAUGGAAGCCCUGUCAGCGAAGCAGAGGCUAAAGCUCGGGAAGGCGGCCUUUUUGAACAUCGUCAAGAAGGGUGGGGGGAGGAGCGACACGCUCCCUUUACCUCUGAAACACUCCCGGGAAUCUCCCGGCUCCGCGGCUUCUGAGAGGCGCAAGGCAAAGGUCCAGUCUUGUAAAGACGAUUUGUGUCUGGAUGCUCUGAAAAGCCAAGCCGAAGGAGGGCGAAUGAACAGAGACAACAGCUGGAGCUCCCUCUCCCAGGACAACAGCCCUGAUACAGAUUACAACGAAUGCUCCCGCUCCAUAGACCUGCUCAAUCAAGCCAUUAGCACCAUCCAGCAACAGAUGACGCAGCUGUCCAUGCAGCAGGAUCUUCUGAUGAAGCAGAGUGUGGCCUCGCCGCCAGAGCCUGCACAAACGGACAAAAGCACAGACUCCGGGCCUGACCCCAGUACAGCCCAAACAGAAUCCUCUACCUCAGACGGCCGGUCCUUUGCUGUUCACUUCGUAGAUAUCAGCGGCAGCAGUUCCAUGCCUUCUCGCCGCCCCCCCAAACUUAGCUCCGGCCAUCGAAGCAAAGCGGCAGAGCGCAAGCAAAGCAAAGAAAGCACCGGGUCGGCUUUAACCAGGUCCGCCGACCCCUUCCCAGACGGCGGCGCUGCUUCAAGGCAAUGUGACGACGGAGAACCGGAGGCAGCCAGUGCUGCUGGGGUCCUGAGCGUUCAGAGGAAAGCCACCUUCAGAGUGCAGGGAAACCCCGGGGAGGGAAGUGUGCACCUGUCAGGCAAAGUGAAUCCACAGAACCCGCCAGUCAUCUCGAAGACACCAGACUCAGAGCAAAAGGAGGAACAAGCUGGCAACUACAGCAAACAGAACGCCGACGAAAGCGCCAGGCUCAGGAGUCAGCUGAUCGAGGUGGACCUGUCAGAGGUCAGGGAUCCAGCGGAGGGUGACGGCGCCGAGAUCACAGACGGCACAGCCGAAGGCGAGCAGAAAGGCGUGAUAGGCUUCUUCUUCAAGGACGAUGAGAAGGCAGAAGACUAUAUGGAGAAACGCCGCGCUGCCUUCCUCCUCAAACAGCAGCGCAAAGCCGAGGAGGCGAGACUCCGGAAACAGCAGCAAGAGGCGGACAGCGAGAUCAAACGGGACGAGGCUCGGCGUAAGGCAGAGGAGGACCGUAUCCGUAAGGAGGAGGAGAAGGCCCGCCGAGAGCUCAUCAAACAGGAGUAUCUGCGGAGGAAGCAGGAGGCCCUCAUGGAGGAGCAGGGUCUGGUCAAGCCCCGCACCAGGACUAAACCCCGCAGGAGCAGACCCAAAUCAAUGCUGCGGGGAGAGUCCAGCAGCCUCCCUAAAGGGUCCACCACACGUGAUUCUCUGAAGGUGUCUAUGUUAAUCAAAAACCAGAGUUCAGGAGCAGCCUGCAGGGGAGCCGACCUGAGCUUUAGUCAUCGAGGGUCAACUCUGUCCCUGGCGACUGACGCAGACAGCGUAAUCUCUGGAGAGGCAGACUCAAACAGGGCUGCGUCUGUGUGCUCUGUGGAUUCCUUCCCCGUGCUGAGCAGGGCCUCCAGCAGGAACAUGGAGCGGGACUGGGAGAACGGCUCCAUAGCCUCGUCCAUCAUUUCCAUGGAGUACAGUGGUCCUAAACUCUUCAAGGAGCCGAGCUCCAAAUCCAACAAGCCAAUCAUCAUCAACGCCAUCGCCCAUUGCUGCCUGGCUGGAAAGGUUAACGAGGCCCAGAAGAACGUUAUCCUUGAGGAGCUGGACAAGUGCGAAUCCAACCACCUGUUCAUCCUCUUCCGCGACGGCGGGUGCCAGUUCCGCGCCGUUUACACGUACUCACCAGACACCGAGGUCAUCGUCAAGUACACGGGCACGGGCCCGCGCGCCAUCACCCCAAAGAUGAUCGACAAGCUGUACAAGUACAACUCGGACCGCAAGCAGUUCACCGUGAUCCCCGCCAAGACCGUGUCCGUCAGCGUGGACGCCCUGACCAUCCACAACCAGCUGUGGCAGAUCAGGAGACCCGGCAGCGCCCGGAAAAAAUGAGCAGGACAUACACGCGGUGCCGUCUGGGUUUAUUAAGCUACAGUUGGGCAGGACCCAAAAAAAAAAAAAAGCUCGGACAAGACUGAUGGGAUUAGCGAGAACGUUGCAGGGUCUGUGACACACCUACCCCCUCACCGUACUCUGGUAUUUUCAUUUUCUUACCCUUUUUAACAUGCAUGCCACACUUUGGUAUUUUAAUUUGAUCAUAACCCGAAGCCACCAAGUCUGACCCCCGCUGAAUCUCCCGAUGCUACUGACACAAAGUGCAGCUUAAAACAGGCUGUGAUGAACCCAGUCUUUAAUUUAGCUUUGCGUAACAAAAAGCAAAAAAUAAAGCAAAAACUCGUGUCUACUGAGAUUCCUCCACACCGCACAUACAGAAACUGCAUCUGCUACUGGUACUUGCUUUUUAUAAAGAAGGAGCUUUGAAAAUACUUUGAGUGUACGUAUGGAAUAAUGUGUUAAUAGUGUUCGUCUAGUUUAGUGUGACUGCAGAUGUGAAUGAUUGUGUGGGUUAGGGUCCAAACAUUUCUCUGAAGAUUAUGCUUUAAAUCUUAAUUUAUUAGGUUUUUUUUUUCAAUUUUGUAUCUGUAGUCACAAGAAGGAACAGGACCAGGAAUAUUGGUGUUACAGAAAGGGAAAUAUUCUAAUCAUCCUACACAUAAACCAUUUUAUUUUGUUUUUUUGGCUACAUUAAAUGAUACCAUCUGUGUGUGAUAAUUCAUUAACCGAUAACCCAUUAAUCAAAAACAAACAAAAAAAAAAAACUACAUUAUAUCGCCAAGCUGUUUGCUGCUCACCUUUUGUCGUCUGGUCAGAUGUAAAUGUUUGAUGCCGCCUCUGUGGCACAGCUAACGACCAGUUGUCAGUGUUGGUAUACCGUUUGGAAAAAUCUGCACUAUACUUGAUAUAUUUGUUUGCUGCAUUUUGUACAUUUUUGAACAGUAUUUUCUGUACAUUAUGUACAAGUUCUGUUUACUAAAAAAAAAAAAAGUAGGCACUAUUUUAAAGGUUAUGUUAAAGAGAUGUUCUGUCUGAUUUCAGUUUAUAUAUUUUAUGUUUAUUUAUUUUGAAGAGAUAUAAAUAAAGUGCAACGAUGGGCAUUUUUCUUGCUAAA